UUGAUGUCACUUCAGCAGAGGAGGACCUGAAAACCUUGAGGACGUGGUCUACUCUCCGCUCCGAGGGUUGGAAGUUGCAUUAGACCAAUUAGAGCUGUUUCACCAUGGCGCAUUGACGGAAACAUUCAUUAGAAACGCCGGUUGGACUUUGGUGUCGGACAUGUGCAGUAAAAUAACAUAAUAUUAGAGAUCAGACAUCAGGGAUUAACAGGCUGCAAUUAGGGAAGAAGAGAUCCAGCAGAGAGCUGCAGCGCCGAGGGGGCGCACGGAGAUCACGCACGUGUGUGCCGGUUUGUGGUUUUACUCUUGGCUCGGUGACAUGGUGUGAUCACUUCUCUUACAUGUGAGGACACGGACUGAAGGAUCCAUCAUCUUUGGGAGAAGAUCAACAGAGUUAGGGUAAAGAUGCCACGGAGAGCAGUGUGGUAUCUGUGGUUGCUGAUCCUCAUUGUGGUGUCGGUGUCUGUCAGUGGAUUUCCCACGAGGACUUCAGUCGGAGACAGACACACUACAGCGUCUCUCACUGAGAGUACGAGGAGGAAUGGAGUUGCUGGGCUCCCUGCAGCGUCACCUGUGGACAUGGCACUCAGAAACGCACCCGUUCCUGUGGAUACGCAUGCACUGCAACUGAGUCACGCACAUGUGACCUGGAGAGCUGUGCUGACACUGCUAUGUCAGUGACUGAACUGUCACCCAUCCAAACGACUACCAGCACAAACUCCCUGGACACAAAUGUAGACAGCUGUGAGAAGUGGCUGAGCUGUAAGAAUGACUUCCUCCAGAAAUACCUGCAUCAAGUGCUCACAGAGCUCCCCAGCUGCCCCUGCUCCUACCCCUCUGAGGCUGUUUACAGAGCUGUCAAUAUCCAGGAUGCCAAACUUCGCAAGACCUACCGCUGGAGGGAUGCUAGCGGACCCAAAGAACGGUUGGACAUCUACAAACCUUCAGCCAGAUUCUGUGUCCGCUCAAUGCUGUCAUAUGAUAGCACAACAUUGGCAGCGCAGCACUGCUGCUACAAUGAUCAGAUGAGACUGAUAACUCGAGGUAAAGGAGCAGGAGUGCCAAAUUUGAUCAGUACAGAGUUCUCACCAGAGCUGCAUUACAAAGUGGAUGUACUUCCUUGGAUCCUGUGCAAGGGGGACUGGAGUCGCUUUCACUCAGCAAGGCCGCCCAAUAAUGGUUUAGACUGUGCAGAUAACCCCCCUGAACAAGUGUUUCAGAUGGAACUUAAAGAGGCCAGGGAGUACUGACUCUGUGGCGUUGUAGUAUUGAACAAGAGGAGGACAAUGGGAGACAUAAAGUACUUGGUAGUUGGUAGUUCAAAAUCACAAUGUUUCUGUGCAUCAUGCAUCAACUCUACCCAGGUAAAGUACUUUGGUGAUGUUGCAAGCUUUGUUGUUGCAAUCUUAUGGCAUCCUGCACAGUUACUUUGGUUUAAAAGGGGGACAUAACUUUAGAAAUAUAAAUGGAAGACAUGGACAACUAAUAGUGGUGACAGUGUUUUAUACUCAUAUGUAGUAUAAACAAAACUGUAUAAACAUAUGUAUAGCAGCAAAACUGAAAUAACACUGGUGUUGGAACAAUGAAAAUCAGUGCUGAAGUGUUGCAAAGUAUGUUUUACUAAGAGCCUUGUUAGUUAAUCCCUCUUCCUGUAUAUUGCUGGUACUCUGCUGGGAUGUGCUGAGCUAACAUGAAUAUCUCUGAUGGCAGUGGCAUGUGUGUAGUUUGGAGAUUUGUCUCAAUAUGAUUAGUUUGAAUCUGUGUGUAAAUUGGUUAAUAUAAAAAACCUUCCACAAAUACAAAAAAUAUUGAUGU